AUGGAUAAGAGUGAUUGGGUUAGUUGUGUUCGGUUCGACCCUAGUAAUGACAAGCCAAUGAUCAUUUCUUCGUCUUGGGACAAGACUAUUAAGAUAUGGAACUUAAGUAAUUGCAAGCUUAAUGAUACGUUGAAAGGUCAUAAUGGAUAUAUUAACACUAUUGCAGUGUCGCCUGAUGUUUCUCUUUGUGCUAGUGGUGGUAAAGACGGUGUAAUUCUACUUUGGGAUUUGGCUGAGGGGAAGAAACUUUACUCGCUUGAUGCUGGUUCGAUUGUUUAUUCUCUAUGUUUUAGUCCGAAUAGGUAUUGGCUUUGUGCUUCUACGGAAUCUAGUAUUAAGAUAUGGGAUUUGGAGAGCAAGAAUAUUGUUGUUGAUUUGAAGAUUGAUCUUAAAUCUGAGAGUGAUAUGGGUGUUGAUGGUUCUAUUCAACCAGCUUGCGCAAAAACUAAGGUAAUAUAUUGUACUUGCUUGAAUUGGAGUGCGGAUGGAAGUACUCUUUUCGAUGGAUACACAGAUGGGGUAAUCAGAGUUUAUGAAAUUGGUCGUUACUAAACUAACUAUUCCAAUUUUGCAUUGUUUUUGCUAGAGUAGCAUUUUGACUAUGUUUUAAGCUUCUAC